AUGAAAAACGCAUAUAUAACAAUAGUGAUUGUAAGUUUGCUCACUUUAGGAAGUUCAAGUAAAUGCUAUAAAAUAUUUAGAGCUAACACUCCGGCAAGCAGUCGAUCUGGAUAUACAAAAUUUGAGAUGUCGAGAUCUAGAUGAUAUAAAUAUUAUGAUCUCUGAUACAAUAUAAUGGAAAGAUGCAAUAGAAUUAAAUAAUUAAUUAGGAGAUGAUCUUAAUGGAUUAUUGGAAGUAGAAAAAAUUGUUAAAAAUACAAAACAAUAGUUAUUGCAUUAAUAAUAAUCAUUAAUUGAAAUUGAGAUGCCUGAUAAACAAGACUUUUAAGCUAAAUUUGAGACAGAUCUUGCUAAAAUCAUGAAGUUAAUGUAAUAAAUGAAUUAAAAGCAAUCAAAAAAAUAGAAAUUAGAUCUAUUAACUGAAAUUGAUGUUAGUAUUUAAGCAACAAAAUAAAAAAUGUAAUCAAUAUUAUCUCAAUCAUCAAAAGCUACUGAUUAUGAUAUAGAAUAGUUGACUUCAAAUUUAAAAUAAUUAUUAUACAUUAAAUAAUAAUGUUAAAAUUAAUAAUAGUAAUAAAGUUAAUAUAUAAUUGGAAGAAAUAAUAAACAUUAUAAGCCAUACAGUUAUGAUGAAUAUGAUUUUGAUGAAUAUGAUGAUGCUAUCUAAUAAGUUUUAUAUGAUAGUGAUUAUGAUUAUGAUUACAACAAUUAUUAUGAUUAUGAUGAUUAUGAUUAAUAUUAUGACAGAUAAUAUAGAAAUAGAUAAAAACAAUAAUAAAAUUAAAAAACAAGAAAAGAUUCCAAAUAAUCAAAAUAAUCCAAAAUAAAAAAAUAAAUUAAAAAAAAGAAAAAUUAAGAUUUUUAUUAGCCAGAAAUCUAAUAAUAAUAUGCAAAUGAAGAAUAAUUUUAUAAUUAAGAUUUAAAAACAAAAGAAUAGUAAUACUAAGAUCCUCCUUUUUAUGAUAAUGAAGAAGAUGAUAAUAUUUAGUCUCAUAUUCUAUAAUAAGAAGAAGAGUAAAAUUAAGACUCUGGUGAUUAUUAUGUAUCAUCAGAUUCAAAACCAUAUGAUGCUCUUGAUCCUUAGAAUUAAUAUAAUGUUAUAUAGGAUUCACAUAUUUUAAAUGAUUAAGAAAAUUAUCAUAAUGAUUAAAUAUAAAAUGAGGGAGAUUCUGAUCAUAGUUAUUAAUAAGAUGACUAUAAUCAAGUUGAAUUAUAGGAAGAUUAAGAAUAAUAUAAUUAUUAACCUGAUGAAGAUUAAGAAGUAGAAGAAACAAUUCAACCUGUCUAGAAUUAAAAAUAAUAAAGGUUCAUUAAUCUAAAUAAGGAUGAUUAUGAUUACCAAAAAGAUGUUGAUUAUUAAAUUGAAUAGGAAAACAGAUCAAAAAAUAUACCAUUAAAUUAAGAAUUCUCAAAUCUUGAUGAAUAGGAAGAUAUAAAUUAUUAAAAACAAGAAGAUGAAAAAACAAAUGAAUCAACUACAGAUUAAGUCAAAUUAGAUGAUAUUUAAUAAUAAGGUAACUCAGAAAAUCAAAAUAUUGAAAAAACGGAAAAUUCAGAACUAUAAAAAGUUGAAACUUAAGAGAAUCCAGAAAUGAAAUAAUUAGAAAAAUAGGAGAAUUAAGAAAUUAAAUAAGUUGAAUAAGUUAAAUAAGUUGAAUAAGAGAAAUCAUAAUAAUAGAAUGAAUAAGUCAUCUAAUAAUAAUAAAAUAAUAAAUAAUCAGAUAUUAACAAUAUCAAGGAGGAUUAGAAUAAAUCUAAAUCAUAAUUAAAUCAUAUGUAAGAAGGUUAAAUAGAAACUCAUUAGGACUUUAAAGCAAUACCAGAUUCAUUAAAGUAAACAACCUAAAUUAAAGCUUAAGCAGAAGAGUUUAAUUUAAAAGAAUAAAAAUUACUUCCAGAAUAAUAAUAGUAAUAAUAAUAAUAAGAAUAAUAAUAAUCAUAAUAAUAAUAAUAGACAGAUGUUCAAUAAUAAUAAUAAUAAUAAUAAUAAUAAUAAUAAUAAUAAUAAUAGUAAAAUAAUCAAUAAACUUAAGAUUAAAAUGUUUAAGCAAAAGAUCUGCCACUUACUUAAUAGUAAACAUAAUAAUCAACAUAAUAAAAUUUACCAAUUAAUGAUAAUAAUUAACCUUAGGUACCAUAAAUUUAAGGAUCAGAAUAAAAUACUCAACAAGAAUCAACAUAAGAUGAUUAAUAAUAAGGAGAUUAAGGUUUAAAAGUCAAUCCUUUAGAAACAGAAUAAAAAUCAACACAAAAAGAAGUAAUAUAAGAAGAACCUUAAAAAUCUUCUGAUUAAAUUAAACCAUAAUAGAAGCCGUCUUUAUAAGAAUAAAUAGAAUAAUAAUAAUAAUAAUAAUAAUAAUAAUAAUAAUAAUAAUAAUAAUAACAACAAUAAUAGUAAUAAUAAUAAUAAUAACAAUAAUAACCUUUAUAAUAGUAAUAAUAACCUUUAUAAUAGCAAUAAUAACCUGAAUAAUUGUAAUAAUAGCCUCAAUAAUAAUAACCUUAACCUUUAGAAUAAUAAGAAUAAUAGUAACCUUAAAAUUAAUAAUAAACAGAUCAAUAAAAUAUAUUACCUAACCCAUUAUAAACUUCAGAAUAAUAAGAGGAUAAUUAAUAAAUUAAUGUACCUGAUCCCAAAAAUGAACCUUAAAUUUAAUAAUAAGACCCUUCCUCAUCAUCACCAGUUGGUAUUGACACAAAUCAACUUCAGCCUCAAAAUGUAAGUGAAUAGAAACCAUUAUUGCCUACAGAACUAGUUCCAGAUAAUUCGGCUAAAAUCCCAACUAAAGGUCUUGAAGAAAAUCCUGAUUAAUUAAUAGACCCAGCAAAGUUUGUCCCAUUCAAACAUAAACCUUUAUAGAGCACGGCAAAUAUUUUAGUGAGAUAAUCAAAAUUUUAUGAUUCAACCUCUGAAGGAAAAGCGUCUUAUGAGAUUUAAUUUUCAAAUAAAGAAUUAUAGGAUUCAGAAGAGUAUGGAUAUGGAUUUUGGCUAAAAUAUUAGAGCACUCUUGAGUAUAAGAUGAAACAAAAUGAAUAUCAUUUUUUAUCAAGAUUAACUUCUAUAAAGGAUUUUUUGGAUUUUUAAAAUUAUGGAGAUAGAACUUUAGCCAAUUUUUUGGUAGAUAAUACAUUUGUAUUUGCUACAUAUGAUUAUGUUGGUAGGGAGAAGAAUAAGGUAGCUUAAAUAAGUCUGAAUUAGAAUAUUGAUGGUAGAUGGUAUUUUGUAUCCUUCUCGUAUAGCAGUCGUAAAUAGAAGUCAGUAGGAUUUGUUUUAUCUUAUGGUAAGGGCAGGGAAUUUUAGAGAAUUGAGAUACCAUGCACUCAUGCCCCUCCAUUUUAUAUGUCAAUGACUGUUGGGGGGAAGCAUUUACAUUACCCAGGAUUGGAAGGUUAAUUUGCAAAUAUCUUUUAUGAUGUAGAAGCACCUGCAUUGAUUGACAAUGAAUAAGAAUUAUUCAAUUUAGUUGAGACAAUGUCUUUUAUGCCAUAAGGAUUGAAGACGUAUCAUGAGGAAGUUAUAGUAGGACCACCAGUUGAUAUGGAUGGAAAUACCAAUUGUAAUUAUGAGAAGGGAUUUAAAGAUUCUUUUAUUUAUGAACAUUAUGCAAUAGCUGGUUGGUUUAGAUGGAUUGAUAAUUUGGAUGUGAAAGAAUUAAAUUCAUUUUAGAUAAUGAAUUUGAGAUCAAAUAAAUAAAGAUUAAAAGAUAGAAGAGAAUUGGGAGAUAGAGCUCUUGAAAUUCAUUUUAUAAGAGGAUUGUAGAAUAUAGGAUUGAAUUUUCAUACAUAUUCAGUGACUGGAAAUGAGGGUAAAGGUAGUGAGAUGAUAGUGAAAUCAGUACCUUAUACAACAAAUGUAUGGACAUUUGUUUAUUUUGGAUUUAAUUAAGAGGAGAAGAAAGCAUAUGGUAUAAUGAUAAGAGUAGGAGUAAAUGAAGAGGUUUUAUUUGAAGGACUUGAGCAUAAGAAUACUAAUUCAUUAUAUUUUACUUUGGGGGGAGAUCAGACAGUUGCUUCGUUUAAUGGUAAAGUUUCUUAGGUUGGAGUAUAUUUGGGACCUGAAAGUUAUGCAAAAUCUAAGAAAUUAGAUUAUAAUUUUGGAUAUGGUGAUGGAGCUGUAAGAUUAUUUUAGUUGGUUAAACCAUUAAUAUUAAGAGGAUAAUAGGAUUAAUAUGAAAUAUCAUUUGAUUAAUAGGAGUCAUUAAUAAAUUAGAUUCUGAUUUAAGAUGAUAGUAAUAUAAGAAUAAAUGGAUUAAGUGAAUAUUCAAUAGGUUUAUGGACAUGUUGGUUAAGUAGUCUACCAAAGUUUAUAGGAAGUAGAAGUGAUUUACAUUAGAUUGCUAGAAUGGGAACUCAGAGUAAGUUAUUAGAGUUGAAGGAUAAUAAGUUAAUAUAGAGUGUAAAUGGAUAAGUAAAUAAUGAUAUCAAAGAUACUACAUUAUAAAUGAGAUUAGGAAAGAAAGAAUAUGAAUUUUCCACUUAUAAUAUAAUAAGCAAUGAUAUUAAAAAAGGUGUGAUUGCUUUAGAUUCUCAAUUAGAAGGUUCUUGGAAUUAUUUAUCCUUUUCUUAUAAAAGAAUGAAUAAUAAUAUGGGUUUAGCUAAAGGUUAUGUUUAAUUUGGUAUUGGAGGAUAAGUAAAGGAAUGUUCAAUUGAAGUGUUACAUGAUUAUAUUUUAGAAUAUGUUGAAUUGAAUGUAGGAAAAUCAAAUAUUCCACAAUUUAAUGGUAAAUUAGCAAAUGUAUAGAUGAGAUUAGGAAAUGGAGCAUUUUUAGUUGAUAUUGCAUAAUAUGAAUAAUUUUAAUAGUUGGAAAAACCAAUUAUAGGUAUAAGUUCAGCUGUCCGUAAGAGUAUCCAAUUAAUUGGUUAAGAGACUGAGAUGAUCAAAGUGAAAGAUAAUGAAAAUUUAUAUGAGUAUUCUUAAUAUGCAGGUGUAAAUGAAUAUGCAUUAUCUGGUUGGGUUAAAUGGGGAGGUGAUUAGAAACAAGGAGGAUUAUUUAGUAUAUUGAUGAUGGUUUAGAAGAAGUAAUAAGAUAUUAAACCAGGAUAAAGUGAUAGUUAAAUGUAUGUAUAAAAAACUGAUAAAGAUUAUAUAUUUGGAACAUAUAAUUGUAAUGGAGAAGAUUGUUCAUAAUCUUAGGAGAAGAAUAUUGAAUUUAAUGAAUAUUAUAAUUAAUGGACAUUUAUUUAUAUUGGAUAUACAUAAAAAUAGAAAAAGUUAUUUGGAUUAUGUAAAUUCACAUUUAAUUAAUAAUAAUAAACAUUUUAAGAAAUUAAUAGAAUAUUAUUGUCAACAUUUACAAUAUUUUUGGGAAAGAAAUAUCAAUUAGCAAAUUAAUGGUUAGGUUCAAUGAAAUAAUGGGUAUUGAAUGUUGGAGAUGGUUCUUAUUUAGAAAGUGGAUAUGAAUAAAGUGAAACUGUAGAAUUAAAUUUUGGAUUUAAUAGUGGAACUGAUCAUUUGAAAUUGUAAACAGCAAAUCAAGAAAUAGAUCAUAGUGAUAAAGUUAUAGAUUCAUAAGCAGAUAAAUAAAAUAUUCCAUGGAUGAUUGAAUUAAAUGAGUAAUCAGAUGUUAAAAUAGAAGGAGUAAGUUCAUAUGGUUAUGGUAUGUGGAUAAGAUUCAGAUAUUAUGGAGCAAGUAUUCUCUAUAGUCAACCUAAAUGGAUGGGAUUGAGUAGAUUGACAACCAAUAGAGAUUAUAGAGAUGCUGAUAAUGUUGGUGAUAGAGUAUUAAUGAUACUAUUUGGAAAAGGAGAAGAUGAAAAAUCAUAAGGAAUAUUCUAAUUUUCAACUUAUACAAUAGGUUAACCUAAUAUCUUCAGUAAUCUAUAAUAUUAAAUGGAAUAUGAAUCUGAAUGGGUUUAUAUUUAUUAUAGUUAUAAACGAAUAUCUUAAACUUAAGGUGUUGCUAUGGGAUAUAUAGGGAGAAUGGAUAUUGUAGAUGAAUUAAAAAUAGAUGCAUUACAUAAUCCUAUUAGUAAUUAUGCACAACUUACAAUUGGACAUAGUGGAAAAUAUUAUCCAAAUUUUAAUGGAUAGUUGACAGGUAUCAAAUUUAGAUUAGGGAAUGGUGCCUUUGUUGAAACUAAGAAUGAUAUAUUAUAAAGAAUGAAGAACACAGACUUAAUGCCUUCAGUUCCUUAUGAUGUAUCUCAUAAAUAUACAAUUAUUGAUGGAAAAAUAGAUAAUUAUAAAGUAAUUCCAAAUAAUCCUUAAAUGAUUGAUUUUCCAGCUAAUGAAUAUUCUUUGGCUUUAUGGUAUAAGUAAUUCUAAAAAAUUAAUGACAACAAAGAAACUGUUGUUCGAAUUACUCAAAAUCCUGUGGGUAAAGUAUCUGAUUCUUCUUGGAUUGGUGAUAGAACACUUGCCUUUUUUAAGAUAAAUAAAGAUAAUAUGGAAUUCUCAACUUAUACUCUAUUGAAAGGUAUGAACUUUGGUAUUCCAUAUAAUUGUUAAAUACCAGAACUUAGUCAACACAAUUGGUCAUUCAUUUAUAUGGGAUAUAGUAAAAGCAAAUAAAAGUUCUAUUACUAUCUUUCAGUAGAUGAGUAAAUAUGUAAAAGUGAAGAAAUUAUCCUACAUGCUAUAAGUGAUAGACUCUGGAUUUAUGUAGGUAGUGAUAAUAUUCAAUAAAGAUUUGAAGGCAAUUUAGCUUAAAUUGCACUUACAAUAGGUCCAGGUUCAUAUACUAAUAGUAAAAUACCAUUUUUAGCUGAAUAUCUAGUUGCUGACAAAUUAUUCCCUAAAUAAAAGAAAAUUACAUGGGAAAAGAAUGAAUAAGUAAUGUUAGUAUCAGAUGGUGAUGAAAGUAUAAGUUCUCUGAAAGUUGAGUUAUUUAAUGGAUUCUAAUAUCCAUUUGAUUAAAUGUAAGAAUAUGGUUUUGGUAUGUGGACUCGUUAUCUUACUACUAUUCCUUAAAGAUAAUUAUCUAAACCAGCUUUAAUGUAAUUAGCAAGAUUGUCAAUAAAUAAAUAAACAACAGAUGGUGUAAUUAAAAUAGGUGAUAGAGUUCUAGCUACACAUAUUGUAUUUAAUUAUUAUUAAUUAUCAACCUAUGAUCUGAAUACUGAUACUGGAAUACAAUAAAAAUUUAUGAAAUAUAAUCAAUUGGAAGGUAUUUGGAGAUAUAUUUAUAUGGGUUACAGCAAAGAUAUUGAGACUAUUUCAUGUUAUACAUAUGAUACAACAAUAACAGAAAUUAAAAUAGACAAGAUUUUACAUAAACCAUUAACUGAUUAUUUAUUAUUUAGGAUUGGAAAGGAGGAUACAAUAAUAGGGUUUUAAGGAAGUAUUACAAAAAUUAUGUUAUCUCUUGGUCCUGGUUCAUACAUAAGACAAUAAGAUCAAUUCAAAUCUUAAAUAGAGACUACUUUCUCUUUGCCCUUUUAAUUGACAUAAGAAUAUACUGAUAAGGAGAAACAUGGGAAAUUUGAAAUUAUUGAAGAUGUGAAUUAGAUUGAUAUUACUAAUGGAAUAUAAUUUGAAGGUAAUAGAUGGAGUGGAAUAAGUGAAUAUGCUUUUAGUGGUUGGAUUAAACCAACUGGUGCAGGUUCUAUAGAUUGUUAAUUAAUUUUAAGAUUGACUAAUAAUAAUGCAGAAAUUUUGAAUGAUAGAAAAUCUUAAGGAGAUAGAACAUUACACAUUACUAUUUGUAAUACUCAAUUAAUUAAAUAUUCUACAUAUACAUUAGUAGAUUUAAAAGAUGCAAAUGAACCUAAAUUUAUGGAUGGUUAAUUAGAAUUAAAUGAUUAUAAUUAUGCUUGGAAUUAUAUAUAUAUGGGUUAUAAUUAAAGAACAAGAGAAGUUCAUUGUCUAUUACAUACAUUAAUUGAAGAUAAACCAAUAACAUGGGAAUAAGUAUAACAUUUUGUUCCUAAUUAUUUGGGAUUGUACAUUGGAUAAGAUAAAUUUACAAAUAAAUUUAUUGGAUAAAUGAAUAAAUGGACAGCAGCAUAUGGAUUAGGUGGUUUUGUUAGUUUAAAGAAGAAUGGUUAUUAAUAACUAUUACCAUAUUAUGGUCUAGUGUAACCAAAUAAAUAAUUUUAAUGGAAUUCUAAUAAAGAUACUGUCAUAUAGACUCCAGAAUUUAUCAUAUAAGAAUUUACUAAUGAAAUAGAUUCAAUAACUGAAUAUGCAGUAGGUAUUUGGACUAGAUGGUUAACAGAUUUUCCUGACCAUUUAGUAGAGAGAAAAGAUUCUCAUUCUAUUUUUAGAUUAACUGCUAAGAAAGAACAUUAAGACAAAUCAUAAAUAUAGGAUAGAGUAUUGAGUGCAUUUUUAAUUAAGGGAUCAUAUGAUUUUAGUAGUUAUGAUAUAGCAACUAAUAACUUUGCUGCAAAUAGUUUGGCUGCAUAUGAUUAGAUAGAAGGAUAAUGGAAUUUUAUAUAUAUGGGAUAUAAAGAUGGUUAAACAGUUGGUAUAAUAAUAGUAAGAGAUACAGCUAAAGCAUUGAAAGUAGAAUUUGCAACAAAACAUAUACCUUUAGUAGGAUAUGCUAAAUUUUUGAUUGGUGUUUCUGAAUUUGGACAUGGUUAAUUUCAUGGGUGGUUAUAUGAUCCUCGUCUAUAUUUAGGAUAAGGUAGUUUUAUUAAUGAAAGUUAGAAGGUUGUAGAUUUACUAUAAAAAAUUCAUCGUAAAUUACCCUUACCUGCAGUUGAUUUAGCUGAUUUUAAAUGGGCAAUUCCUUAGAUGGAUACAACUGAAAAUAUAAAAACUGGUUUUAUAGAUUAUAAAUUUGAAGAUAAAUAAGAAUCUGUUGAAUAUUCAUAUGGAAUGUGGAUAUAAUAGUCUCCUUUAUUACCUGGUAUGCCUACAGUUCCUCGAUUAAUUGCAAGAUUAUCAACAAAUCAUCCUUAAUUUAUGAAAGAUUUACAAUUAGGUGAUAGAACACUUUUAGUUAGUAUGUUAAAUGAUAAAUUGAGUUAUAAUACUUAUAAAUUACUCGACACUCCAUAAUUUGAAUAGAAAGUGGAAGAGAUCCAAGUUGAAUAAUUAUAAUGGACUUAUGUAUUUUUCUAAUACAAGAAAGGAAAUGCAUUGGCUUAUGCAUUAUAAGUGAAAUAAGCAUAAUAAAAGAAGAUCGAAGCUCUUCAUGUUAUACCAAAUGUUUUUUAUUUCUAUAUUAUAAAAGACUAAAAUUUUGCAGAAUUCUAUGUAUAAUUUCUAUUUAAUUAAUUUAGGGGAAAGUAAGUGAUGUGAAAGUUUACUUUGGCUCUAGCAGUUACUUUGAAGAUCCAUAAGUUACAAUAGAGAAAUGGCCAUUUGAUAAGAAAUAUUUAUAGCCAAUAUCUGAAUAACCUAUUAAUAAUCAACAAAUAACUUCAGCAAAAAUAUCUAGAAAUAUGGAUAUCAAAAAUGAAAAAUACAUUGGAGAUUAUUGA